CCCCUCAACCCAUCACCCCAUCACCCCAUCAUGCCAUCACACCAUCACCCCACCACCCCAUCACCCCAUCACCCCAUCACCCCACCACCCCAUCACACCAUCACCCCAUCAUGCCAUCACACCAUCACACCAUCACCCCAUCACCCCAUCAUGCCAUCACACCAUCACACCAUCACACCAUCACCCCAUCACCCCAUCAUGCCAUCACACCAUCACCCCACCACCCCAUCACCCCAUCACCCCAUCACCCCACCACCCCAUCACACCAUCACCCCAUCAUGCCAUCACACCAUCACACCAUCACACCAUCACCCCAUCACCCCAUCAUGCCAUCACACCAUCACCCCACCACCCCAUCACCCCAUCACCCCAUCACCCCACCACCCCAUCACACCAUCACACCAUCACACCAUCACCCCAUCACCCCAUCAUGCCAUCACACCAUCACCCCACCACCCCAUCACCCCAUCACCCCAUCAUGCCAUCACACCAUCACACCAUCACCCCAUCAGCCCAUCAUGCCAUCACACCAUCACCCCACCACCCCAUCACCCCAUCACCCCACCACCCCAUCACACCAUCACCCCAUCAUGCCAUCACACCAUCACACCAUCACACCAUCACCCCAUCACCCCAUCAUGCCAUCACACCAUCACCCCACCACCCCAUCACCCCAUCACCCCACCACCCCAUCACACCAUCACACCAUCACACCAUCACGCCAUCAUCCGCCAGCCAUUCCCAUGCAGUGGCUUUGGCCCUCACUGCAGUCGUUGGAGUGGAACAGCUUUCCCAGCUGACUGCCUACCCUGCCCCCACAUGUGCGCAACUCCCUUAGCUGCAGAAGGCACGAGCUACGGACUAGAAGGCAGGAAAUCCAUACACCUGCAGUUCAUGCAUCCCCACACCCACUCCCACCAACUCAAUUAUUUCCAGCUCUUCCAUCCCAUCAUAGCACGUGCCACUGAGCUGCACCGUGCGCCUCCCCCCGCCCUACCUCGCUUUUCCUCCCUCAUUGCUCUUCUCAUUUCGUUUUCCUCCCUCCUCCCACCCACCCCACCACCCCGCCCACAACCCCCCAGCUCUUCCAGCACCUCAUGGUUGGCCGCUUACUCUCUUUACUCUGCCUUUAUCAUCCUCGCCUUGAAGCUGCCGUCGCUUGACGAGAUCUCGCCACUUGGCAGACGCCACUACUACGUGCUCGCAUGGAUGCAGUUGAACGGCAGCCUGCUGCUGCUCAUAAAUGGCUAUAUGUUCGCCUAG